GACCUCAUACGCAUGCUCAUUUUACACUUGUACGACUUCCGUUUAUGAGACCACUGAGAACAAAAAUUGUGAAAAAGGAUGAAUAUCAAUGACAAACAGCCAGAAGAUGUUUCCAAAGAUGAGUGGAUGCAGAAGCUACAUAGUCUCCAUAUCACGAGGGCAGACAUGAACAGACUUAUUAUGAAUUAUUUAGUAACAGAGGGAUUUAAAGAGGCAGCAGAGAAGUUCCGUAUGGAGUCCGGCCUGCAACCAGAGACUGAACUGGACAGCUUGGACGAUAGGAUUAGGAUAAGAGAUGCUAUACAGCAGGGCAGGAUACAAGAAGCUAUUGCCCUGGUCAACAACAUUCACCCAGAACUGCUGGACAAUGAUAGAUACCUGUACUUCCAUUUACAACAACAACAUCUUAUAGAACUUAUCCGUGAAAGAAACAUAGAAAAUGCAUUGGAUUAUGCACAGACACAUUUAGCAGAAAGAGGUGAAGAAAAUCCAGAAAUUUUAACAGAAUUAGAAAGAACUCUUGCCCUUUUGGCAUUUGAAGAUCCUGAAAGUUCCCCAUUUGGGGAUCUUUUGCAUCCUUCCCAGAGAUACCAGGUUGCAAGUGAACUUAAUGCAGCCAUUUUGGAGAUGGAAAACAGAGAAUCAACUCCAAAACUUGCAAAACUGUUAAAACUUUUGCUAUGGGCACAAGAUGAACUAGACAAGAAAAAGGUCAAAUACCCAAAGAUGAUAGACCUUGCCAAAGGAGAAAUAGAUGAUGCAAAAUAAUAUUCUCUCAACAGAAUUGUUUUAUUUGAUGUUAUUGCAUUUGUUCAUGCCAUCAGCUGUUUUUCUGUCAAUGUGGAGAAUUUUACACUAUACAUUUUACACUCUAUAUUUCACGGGAACAGAUAUUUUAGAAACAGAUUAGCUAUCUUAUCACUCAAAUGUUCAGCCUCAUCCAAAAAGCAAAUGAUAUGGGCUAUCAAACAUCAAGAACAGCAUGCCCUCUUGUCAAAUAUGGUUUACAUACAAAUGCUCAAAUAAAAAACAAUGAAUAGGGUAUGCCCCUUGCUGCAAUAGAACCCAAAUGAAUUAAUUUCAAUUUUAUUUAAUUUUUUCAUAUUUUCUUGAAAAUUUCAAUACAAAUAAACUGUAUU